GUGACCGCAAGCGUCCUAGACAAGCGUGAUUUGCUUCGAUUGUGGAAUCAAGCCGGCAAGCUCCAAUGUGGCAGCGGUUUGGACGGCUCGCCACGAGCCCGGGCAGGCUCAGAGUCGACGGCUUCGCCACGUCGGGCGGAGGAUGAGACGCUAUCCGAGCUGACAUGGAACCCGCUUGACCUAAGUCCGGAUUUCGUUCUAUCGCACGGGCUUGAAGAAGACACGGAGCUGGCAUGGGACCCAAUCGGGAUGGCUUUGCCAGACAAGUUGCGGUUACGAGACUACGUCGAUCACGAGGAGCGCAUUCCAGAUAUAUGCGAUGGAAGCGAGCUCCUUCUCUCGAAGCCGCCUGGGCUGGAAGAUCCAGCUCAAGGCCAUGAUCUGCCAGCAGAUUUCUGGAGCCGCGCGACGACGGCAGGAACGGCCGAUGCAGCUGCUGAUUAUGAAGGCAGCUCCGGUGAUGCACUGGCGGCAGAAAUGGCUGCCAUGCUAGAACUGAUUCAGACAGGACAGUGUGUCGCGCCAUGGGAUUCCAGGAAGCCAAGGAGCUUGGCCGGCGCAGACGUGCCAUGGUUGGGUGACGCCAGAUUGCCAGAAGUGCGGGGCUUGCCCCACUGGCCUCUUCCAGGGCCUCCGCUCUUCAAUGGCUUGCCCAAGAUGCACAACUUUUGUCCAUGGUGCGGAUCGGCUCGGGUUUGCUCCCACCGCUUCUGCCCACAAUGUGGGGUCUUCUACCCGGAUUUGCAGAAUGCUCCCAGCAGAACUGCCAUGGACAGCAGGAUUGGUUGGCAAUACUGA